UGCACGCAUGCGCAAUGCCAUCUGGCUUCUCGGUGUCUGGGAGAUUGCAAGAAGAUGAUGCGGCUGAGCGGCCGGCACGGACUGAAUGCAUAAUUGGGCUUUCUUAGUCAUAUAUUUUCACUUGCCUUGUCUAGUUUCUUGCCAAAUUGCUGUUUCAUGUCGAACUGUAACCGGAGCGGCGUAGAAACUGACUAGCAGUGACGGCAGAAGAAGAAGAAAGGAGUUGGGCAUCACAUUGCACCGGAUGUCAUUACACGCUCUUAAAUAUCGAGGACUAUAAUCAGGACCAACGGCAGAGCCAUGGAGGCUGUAACACAUUUUGUGAAUGACACUGUAGAAUUUUACAAAUGGGGCCUUACUAUAUCAGACAAGAGGGUGGGGAGCUGGCCGAUGAUGUCAUCUCCCCUCCCCACUCUGGCCAUCAGCUGCCUGUACUUGCUCUUCCUGUGGGCGGGGCCUAGAUACAUGCAGGACCGCCAGCCCUAUAUACUCAGGAAGACCCUCAUAGUCUACAACUUCAGCAUGGUGGUUCUCAACUUCUACAUCGCCAAAGAGCUCCUAAUAGCAUCUCGAAGGGCCGGCUAUAGCUACCUCUGUCAGCCCGUCAGCUACUCCAAUGAUGAGAAUGAAGUCAGGAUAGCGUCUGCUCUCUGGUGGUACUACAUCUCCAAAGGAGUAGAAUUCCUGGACACAGUGUUUUUCAUCCUGAGGAAGAAGUUCACCCAGGUCAGCUUCCUCCACGUCUACCAUCACUGCACCAUGUUCAUCCUCUGGUGGAUCGGCAUGAAAUGGGUCCCAGGUGGACAAUCAUUUUUUGGUGCAACCAUCAACUCUUCCAUCCACGUCCUCAUGUACGGGUACUACGGCCUGGCUGCUCUGGGACCUCAUAUGCAGAAGUACCUCUGGUGGAAGAAAUACCUCACCAUUAUUCAGAUCAUCCAGUUCCACGUGACCAUCGGCCACGCCGGCUACUCCCUCUACACAGGCUGUCAAUUCCCCGCCUGGAUGCAGUGGGCUCUGAUUGGCUACGCCGUAACCUUCAUCAUCCUCUUCGCCAACUUCUACUACCACGCGUACCGACGCAAACCCUCCUCGCAGAAGGGAGUCAAGUCCGCGGCGAACGGCACCUCCAUGGUAACUAACGGUCAUAGCAAAGUGGAGCAAGUGGAAGAUAACGGGAAGAGGCAAAAGAAAGGAAGAGCGAAAAGGGAGUAAAGAAGGAAGAGGGCGUGCUCGGCGAUUUAAAGAGAGAGGACAGUUGUUGGAAGGGCCAGAGAAGGAGGGAAGGGUUAGGUAAGGAAUACACAGAAAGCUUCCUCCUCCCUGCAAAUAAUGUAGAAGGAUGUGAUUUGUGACCAACUUGGAAAGCUGAAAGCAUAGAAGUGUGUUUGUGUCUAUAAGGGGUUUCGAGAAGGAAGAGAGGGGUGAUGGUUGUCUCCAUAAAAGUUGUUUUUGUUAAAAAGCAAGAUGCUGAUCACGUAUGUUCCGAGCUCUUCUGUCCAACUGUGUUCUGGACCGUCAUAGGACCAACAUAUCAAAAAAGGACCUACAAACUCAGCAUCGUUGAUCUUAUCAACCAAGAUUCACCUCCAACUUUUGUACUCUGGAUUCCAGUAUUGUUUUAACUGAAAGCUUAAAUAGUCUUUAAUAUGCUUAUUUAUUUUCUAGUGCUCUAAAAGAGUUUUAAUUAAUUUAAUUAUUACCAACAAGAGAACAUGCAUAUGUUUAUACCAAAGGGUUUUUUUCUGGGUUCGUGGGGAGAUAUUUGUUUACGAAUACUUAGAGUUGAACAAAGUUAGGAAACAAUCACAAUGAGACAUUCUCAUAACUGCCAUCUAUUGUAUUUAACUUUACAAUUAUCUACACCAUCCACCAAUCAUAUAUGUCAUGGACUUUCUCUGCUGUCUCAAGCUGAUACAACUGUACGACAUGAUAUUUACAUUUUAUUUCAUGUUCAUUGUGAUUAAAACCUGGUUUAAAACA